UUUGGCUUCUUCCUGCUCCAUGUCUACUCUCCCGAGUAUAUUACUUGCCUGGACACUCACCCACGCCGCAUACCGUUUGAUACUACCUUGAGAACUUAGAAGACUUGUGUUUUGUAGAUAUCUAUCUUAAUCAGUCAUCCUCCGCGAAGGAGACAAACAACAAAUCGAUACCUACCUCCGGGAUGCGGGCAUGCUCCCAGCAUUCACCAUAGCAUGGUCAUCCUUCUAAUCUCCCUGUAAUUUCUUUUUCUCGACGUCAAGGAAGAUGGAUAUCAACCGGAUUGUGGCUGGCCGGGACCGGAGGGCUGGUCCUCUCCCGGAUAUCAUGAACGACCCUGCCUUUGCCACAAACACUGCGACCAACAGACGAAGUGUAGACGAAUCUGACACUUGUCGAAUAUGCCGCGGCGAAGGUACCGAGGAGGAGCAGCUCUUUUAUCCGUGCAAAUGUAGCGGGAGCAUCAAAUUUGUUCACCAAGAGUGUUUGAUGCAAUGGCUUUCCCAUUCACAAAAGAAAUAUUGUGAGCUGUGCAAGACGCCUUUCAGAUUUACAAAGCUUUAUGACCCGAAUAUGCCCAAGGAGCUGCCGGCUCCGGUUUUCCUGAAGGAGCUCAUUCUUCAUGGCGGUCGGUCACUACUUACAUGGCUACGCUUCGUCCUGGUUGCUUUCGUAUGGUUAGGAUGGCUCCCGUGGUCCAUGAGAGCUAUCUGGCGAGGUCUGUUUUGGUUAGCUGAUGGGCGGUGGCCGAACCCUGAAUUCUACCACGGCUCGAGUGUGCCCCCAGCAAGCCAGGCGCUUGAUCAGCUUGCAGCCCACGGAACUUCUCCUGCCAACACCCUCGCAUCCAACAAUCUUUCUACGGGGGUGGGACCUCAAAAUAUGACGCCUACACUUCCGUCUUUCGUAUCGCCAUUUUCCGCCAUGCUCAAUUUCUCAGCCGGUGAGCCCUUGAUAUACACCAUUAUGAAGAAGCUCCUGCGGGACACCUGGGCGACAACGACUUCAUCUGUACUCGAGACGGCUGGUUCAAACUCAACGAAUGCAACUAGCGUCUCUAUUCGACGGUUUCGCCAACCAUCCUGGCUAUCAGAUGUUUCCUUUUUAAACAAGUUGACUCCCUACUCCACCCUGAAUAAUAUUUUAAUAGAUACGUUCGAGGGGCAGAUAAUCACUCUUUCGGUGGUUAUUGCUUUUAUUCUUGUGUUCUUAAUUAGGGAAUGGGUAGUACAGCAGCAACCUGCGAUUAAUCUUGCUGAGGCAGAUCGAGAAGCAGCCGCGCAGCUGAUUGCUGAUGCGGCGGCGAAUCAACCUGUUGAAGAGCCGCGACCGCGCCCUGUUCAACAUGUCCAUCAUCAGGAGGCCCACGAGGAACCAAGCCAAGAAGACAACCAGGAACCGAACCAAGAAAUACUUCAGGAAGAAAAUCGAGAAGAUGUAUCUGAACACGAGAAUAGCGGAUUACCCGAUUGGGAUCACACGCAAUCGAACGAUAUGUCUCUACAACCGGACCAGACACAACAGCCUGGUGGCCCCAGCCACGACUUGGAAUCACUUAGCCAACAUUGGCCUUCACAAGUUGAAAACAACUCGAACCAAGGCACCAUCGAUGAAGUAGGCCAUAUUCUCGAGCACGCUCCGACGACCAACCAGGCCAACGACGAAAUAGUGGCUAAUUCUGAAAAUCACGGCAAUGCCCAAUGGCCUGGCCUGGAUGUGUUCAAAGACCUGUGGACUCGUGGUGCAAGAAAUCCGACGGAAAUACUAAGAAUAAUUGAGGAAGAAGGCCGCCAAGAAGAACUGGGUUGGGUUAUAGCGGCAAUGCAAAAAUUGGAGCGUGUGGGCGAACAGGGAUUCAAAUUUGGUGAAAUAUCCGAGGGAACCUUGCAAGAAAACGACGAAGGAAGUGCCUCAGCCCUUCACGCUCCAUUUGAUGCGCCGAUGCAUCAUGACGAUGGCCCUCACCCAUCGUCUUCAGCCAGUAUUUACCCCCCUAGAGAAGAACGACGGGAAAUCCAGGAUACACCAGAGCGAACAAUCAACCUGAGAUUUGGAGAUCCAACUGCAAACCCUAGUGUCCCCACGGACUCCUCAUCACCUGUCUUCCCAAAUCUCGAGCCUUUCACCCCAUCUGCGCGCUUUGGUUCCGAAGUAGCUGGCCCGUCCGGUUCUAGGCAUUCGGUGGACUUAUCGUCCCAUACUCUUCGGCAUAAUAGUUCAGAUCACUCCUCUCCACCACAGGAAGCGGUACAGCUGCCCGACAGUCAAGCCUCCCUGUACCCUCCAACUCCCGCUGAACAACAUGCUCCCGAGGUUAACAUUCACGAACAAGGAUCCAUGCCAGCUACAGAAGCUGAACCUUCGGAAGCCCCACUCCAGCGACCACACCCUAUGGAAGCAGUAGGCCCUCGUCCUGAGAGUUUGGUUGAUCGGGCCUCGAAUUGGUUUUGGGGUGGGGUGCCUCUUCCGCGGCGGGGAGAGGGUGAAGGCCGAGAAGAAGACCGUGAUGCUGAACCUGCCAUAGAAAAUCCCGCACAAGAAGCUCCAUUCGAACCCGCGCCGAAUGGGCAUCAUCAUUUUCAUGACCCAAUGGACGAACCAGGGUUUGCUGACGGCCCGAUUGCUCCAGUAGACCCCGACGAUAUUGAACCUGUGGACGAUGCUGAUGAUCUGGAAGGUCUCUUAGAGCUUAUCGGCAUGCAAGGCCCUAUCGUCGGUCUGCUGCAAAACGGUGUAUUCAGCGCAUUGAUCGUAUCCUUUACCGUUGCAGUCGGCAUUUGGCUCCCAUACCUGUGGGGCAAAAUCGCACUGGUUCUUUUCACCAAUCCGAUACGGCUAUUAAUUGGAGUCCCAAUUGCACUUGUAUCUCUAGUUGUCGAUAUCACCGUUGAUACACUUCUCGGGAGUGUAGGAUAUAUUGUCUACCUAACGAACGUUCUAUUCCGGUUCCUACUCGUCACGUUCGGACGAUUCAUCCCUUCUCUCACAAAAUUUUCUGGAAGCAAUGCUCUUACAGCUGCGUCGCUAUCUAUGAUCGACCAAAGCAGCCAGCGCCUUAAAGGUGUUCUAGGCGCAUUCUUUACCUUCCACGAAUCCGACUUACCCAUGUUCUCCGUGUUAUCUCAUCAAGCCUUGAGGAUCCACCAAGAGCGGAUCGCAACUUUUUUCAGCUUUAUCCUCAGCCUUGGGAAGACUAUUGUUUACGACACUCCAUUGCUUCUCCUCCAGCAGGGGGCCUCGCAACGACUCAUCGCCUCUAUACUAUCCCUCGAACCUAUGAACCUACUCAACACUGCAGCAGGUGCCGUUGCGGGCGUUGGAAAGUCGGCGCUAUUCUUUUUGGAGACAGAAAAUUGGCCCAACCUGAAAAUCGGCGGAGUCGAGGAAAAGGUCUCAUUAUCGUUGAACCAUGACUUGGCACAAUGGGAUACCAAGGAUCGAAUUAUUGCAAUUAUAGUUGGAUAUUGCUUUGCCUCUGUUCUUGGGAUGCUGUACCUAAGGUUUUCCGCUCUGUUUUCCGGACCACGCCAGGAGAAUCGGCGGGAAGGAGCUGUAGCUGAUGUUUUGCAGCAAGCUGGUGGAGUAAUGAAAGUGAUCCUCAUCAUUGGGAUCGAAAUGAUUGUAUUCCCCCUCUAUUGUGGCAUUCUGCUCGACAUUGCCCUCCUUCCACUUUUCCGUGGUGCAACAUUGUCUUCGCGGACCGCAUUCACGCUGGAUUCGCCGUUCACAUCGUUAUUCGUGCAUUGGUUCAUCGGAACUUGUUACAUGUUCCAUUUUGCACUUUUUGUGUCCAUGUGCCGGAAGAUUAUGCGAAGUGGUGUAUUAUAUUUCAUCCGUGAUCCUGACGACCCGACGUUCCAUCCGGUACGCGAUGUUCUUGAACGCAAUAUCACUACUCAAUUACGCAAAAUCGCCUUCAGCGCUCUUGUGUACGGCGGACUAGUUAUUGUUUGCCUUGGCGGCGUUGUCUGGGGCUUAUCUCUGAGUUUCCGCGAUGUGCUCCCGGUACACUGGUCUUCCAAUGAGCCCGUUUUGGAAUUUCCUGUCGACCUACUUUUCUACAACUUUGUAAUGCCGUUGGCGAUCCGUUAUAUCCGCCCAUCAGAUGGCUUGCAUAAAAUGUACAAUUGGUGGUUCCACAAGUGCGCGCACAAAUUGAGGUUGACGCACUUCCUGUUUGGGAAACGGCGUAAAGAUGAGGAAGGACGACAUGCAUACCCAACAUGGCGUGGCCGGAUUUUCGGCCGCCGGGAUACCCUGGAGGGUGAAAACCGGCGUAAAAUAUUUCUACGAGAUGGUAGAUUUGUGCGAGCUCCAGGGUCCGACCAGGUUCGAAUUCCGAAGGGUACCCCUGUUUUCUUAGAAGUUGACGAAAAUAAUAAGCGCAUUGAUGGCAAGGAGGAUAGCAAAGAGGGGCUUCAUGGGAGGUCGAACAAAAUGUUCGCCCACGUCUAUGUGCCUCCGAGAUUCAAAACCCGGAUCGCUAUAUUUAUUUUCAUGAUAUGGGUCUUCGCCGCUGUAACUGGGCUUGGAUGCACUAUUGUCCCCCUCGUCAUCGGGCGAUGGAUGAUAUCUUCACUCUUCCCCAGCCAUAUCCGCGUGAACGACAUCUACGCCUUUUCUACCGGCAUAUAUGUGGUUGGCGGAGUAUUCUACGCGCUAGUUUACUGUCGCCACGGCCUCCCGGCGCUCCGUCAAUGUCUGCAACCCUACCUAGCAUCCCCGCGACAGGCAUUCCCACACGCGUACAACCUACUUGUGAAACUCAUCAGCCUCCUGUACAUUGGAUGGGCAUACGCUCUAUUCCUCCCUUCCCUUUUCGCCUUGCUUACGGAACUCUAUGUUCUGAUUCCUCUGCACACCUACAUCGGGGGUGGCGACGCCCACGUCAUCCACUUCGUCCAAGAUUGGACGCUCGGCGUCCUAUACGUACGCAUGGCUGUCAGAUUUAUAUUGUGGUAUCGCGGCUCGCGCCCAGCCAAUGCCCUCAACUCCAUCCUACGCAACGGCUGGAUGAAUUCGGACAUUAAGCUGGCCACCCGUGCAUUUAUCGUUCCUGCUACCUUGCUUGGCUGUGUUGCGAUUUUGGUACCGUUGCCCGUCGGGGCUAUUCUUAAUUCCACCAUCUUCCGUGAUUCGUCAGCCACAGUGCGCUCUGAGGUAUACCGCUACUGUUUCCCUGCGACGUUGAUGGCGGUUCUUCUCGUAUGGGCUGCACACCAAGCCCGUAAGAAAAUUGCCAUCUGGAGGGUGGGCGUUCGGGAUGACGUGUAUCUAAUUGGAGAGCGCCUUCAUAACUUUGGAGAGAAGCGUGCGAAAGAUGUUGGUGUAACACGGCGGAUGAUUACUUCAUGAUACGACUGCGUUUGCAAUUUUCAAUUUUUUUCCCCCACCUUUUCAACUAGUUUAAAAUUAUCUGCAGUAUUUUAAAAACAAACCGUUUUACCGUUCUAUUCUCUAAGCCAUGUAUAUUAAUUUUCCUGCGUUGCAUAUAAUAAUUUUAUUCGCACUUACUAGACAAAAUAAAUUCGUUUGCCUUUGUUGAUGUUGGAUCAAGAAAUUGUGCUGCCUGCCCGUUCUACGUACGGAUUGCACGUGACCUCAAGGUUCCUCCACGAGGCUCUCA